AUGUCCGAAUGGGAAGGUUUCCGUACCGCGCCUUACCUCUGGCUCUGUUGUUGUAGCAUGUUUUCUCUCGGCAGCUUCGCAAGGUGCUUCCUUGUUUGCUUUGGAGAUGUGUUAAACCAAAGGCAGCAAUUGUGUCAGUAGCUUUUGGUGCCAGAGAAUACCAAGACUUUCUGAAAAUAUUGCUUCUAGUUUAGGAUGCCUCUAGCAUCCUAGUCCUGUAAUAAUUUCAGCAAUAGAGAAGAGAGAAGAACAUAUUCUGCAUAAGGUAGGACUUUUUCUAGUACUUUGGCUUUUCUUUUUCCUUUAGGAAAAAAAUAAUCACUGAUAAAUGUUAAGGGGAUUUAUAAUUUUUCCACUUUACCUUCUACCCAACCUGAGCAGGACCAAGUUGUGUUUCAGAGAUCAGUAAGAAAAUCUCAUUGAAAAAAAGGACUGAACCUCUAAAGCACCAUUUCUGCAGCUGUUGGGGUGAGCAGUGCCUUGGCCAUCAUUUCACUGAACGCACUCAAAAGACCUGUGCAUCAUUUUGAGUGGGCAGAGCUGCUCCUGGUUGUCUUCCUUAUCUAGGGGCAGGUCGUUGGACCAAACACCACACAGAGACAGGUAGGGAUACCGAGGGAUGAGGGAGGUCAUGAGAUGCAGCACUUUGCACACUCCAGCUCAUGGCCAUUUCCCCAGAGCCUACCAACAGACCAAUCUCACUGAUCUCUGACAGCUUUUGCAGGACACUGGUUUCAAUUUGUUUCUUGUUUUUUGAUGAGGCCUCCAUAGUGCUGUUUCCUUCUGCCCAUGCCACUGUCCCUGCAACAGCUAGUCCUUUGAGCUGCCAUAGUGUCUGAAAGGGUAGUCAGAUAUUUAACAUGAAAUUCAGGAUCAGGAGACAGGGCCUUCUCUCUUCCACGCCAGUGACACUAAACCAGAAAAUCCUACAGCUGUAUGCUUUUAGCAAAUGUCAUGGGAUGCCACCACGCCCUGCUACUCAGCAGCAUCUGGACUCCUAACUGAAUAGAAAGGCUGGAGGGCACUGGUGCAGGAGGCAGUGGGCAGGUCUGGGAGAGGGUGCCAGCUCCUGUCCCUCGGCCUUGGCACCUCAGCUCUCCUCUGUCUGUGACACAGGAGUAUCCACUGCAGAGGCUUCUCUGGGACAGCGGGAUAGGGUUGCACUGCUGCCCAUUAGCAUAUUAGGCUGUUACCACUCUGAUGCUGCCUGUGAUAAGUGUCCCCAAAGAACCUAUAAAUAAGUAACUAAGCAGCCUGUCUUAUGCAUCUUAAUUAUUUGUAGGCCAAGAGGACAGGAAACUUUUGAAGGUGGUCUUGCCUCCUCUACAGGUCCAAGCAGUCUGUCCCCCAGACACUGAAAACCAUCAGCAGCAUAAACCAGCUUCCAUAACCAGCAGCACACUGAGGCACAUCACAGUCAUUAAAAAGAGUGGAAACCAGUGUCUCCAGGGGAAGAGAGGGGUGAGGCAGAUAAAGCACAUCCUCCAUUUUGCAGGAUCAGGGAGGAGCCCAAGUAUCUGCCUUGUCAUAUGGCAUAACUCACAGUGCUAUGGGAAGUGAAUUCUGCUGGCAUGGGGUUCCCCCGUGCAUGGGGACUACCUGGCUGGAUACUUCCAAUGGGAUUAGAAUUGACUGUCUGUAGUUGAUACAGAGGUGACUAUAUUUCAUUGAUAGCUGACAUAGUUUAAGAGCAGCAGGAUGCAACUUGGGAAAAGACAGUAAGGAAAAAUUAGGGAUCAUGAUUUAGCCUUUUGAGAAUGGUGGUCAUGCUCCCAAACAUGAGAAGUCUCUUACUUAGGCUUCCUUCCUUGAGGGAAAAACCAUGGUGUUUCCCAAACCCUAGGUUAAAGCAGACUCACCACUACCUCAGUUUUCUAUGGUGGUCUCAGAAUUCAGUGUCAUUGUACCACUGCCCUGGCACAGAAUGCAUUUCAGAUUUACAUGGUCACAAUGGUCAUUUGCAGGUGACGUCUUCUUGGAAGAACUGCAGAUGCCCUAAAUAGGUGCCAUAGCUGUUUGUUCAUUUUCUGCUGCUGCCUGGUGAAUAUGGAUCAAACACUCAACCCAUGCAACAGGUCUUGCACCAAAAGCGCACACUUCUGUGGAGACAAUAAGAUGCUUAUAAACCCUCUGGUGCUGAAGAAGAAGCUCAAUAGGAUGGCAACAGAGCAAGGAGCCUUUGCUGUUCUCAGCAGCCUGCUGCAAUACGUCACUGAGCUCUCAGCCGGCGAUCCGCAGAUCAGCAACAAGAGGACAAAAUGGGCAGAAGGUAAAGAAAACCAGGUGAGCUCUAACCAGCCAUGUCCAGAUCCAGUCAGGGUUCAGUAUCCAACCAGAUUUCAGCUCUUGCGGUCCAGGUUUCUAAACACCAAUCGCGAGCCAUACACCAAGAAGAGAAGAGAAGUCGGCAAACUGGUCAUUAAAGAGAAGAUGUGGGUGAGCAGGGCUGGCAACAAGCUGGACAGAAGCAGAGACAGGAAGGGAGAUGGAAAAGCAGUGGAUGAGGAUGCAGACACAGCACCCAGCGAUAGGGCAAGGUGGACUAGUGUGACUGGGAAAAACACAGUGAAGAACAUCCUGAAGAAAUUUUUAGCUGCUGAAGAAAAAGAAGCCAAAGGGGAGUCUCCCAGCUGGAAAAAGAAGGGAGCAAACAGCAGUUUGCCAAAAAUAGUCAACAAGAAUUCAGUCUUGUCCAAACUGAAGGAGAAGUUUGAACAAAGCACUCUCUGCUCAGCUGCAGAAGUGAAAGCAUCGCUCUUGCGCAAAGGUGAGAGAAAGACAAAAACCUUCCCCAGCAGAAAAGCUAUUCAUAAGCCUGAGGUCAGAGUGCUGCGCAUGGCAGCAAUGACAGCCACAGGUAUAAAGAGUCCAGAGUCCCAAAAUUUAGUGUGCUCCAUGGUUCCAGUGCCCAGAUUCAGCAUGGCUACCAAAAUUAACCAUCCUUGGAGCUGGUCGAAAAAUAAUGCCACAAAGCAGCCUUUUGGUCAUGGCACACUGCUGAGGGAAAAGGAGGGAUCCAACAGAGACCACAGAGAGAACAAAACCCUGGGAAAUGCAGCACAGGUCAGGGAGGACAAAGAAGAGUUACUAGUGGCACCAGAGGCCAUGUCAAAUGCAAAGGACUGUGCUGAGGGUAAAACAGAUUCCACAAAACAGGAAUCCAACUUUAACCCUGUUCUAAAUAACUCUUCAACUACUCAUGAAAACAAAGCUCUUGCAGACUGCAUCCCUCCCUCACCUGAAUGUGACAGGACUAACAUGCCAGCUGGGCCUGACACAUCUUCACUAUUGGGAAUUACCAAUGCUCUGCAACAUGUGAAGGAAGACAGCCCACCUUCUGACUCACCUGACUCUGGCACAGCUGAAGGAUCCCAUGAACAAAGUCCUCAGGAUACUACACCAGGAGAGAUUCCUGAAAUAUCUCUCUAUGUAUAUGGUUCAGAUGAAGAUGACACAGAGCUCACAGAGCCAGAAAAAGAUCCUUUCUUUGCAGGCCAAAAAUGUGUUCCAGAGCAGAAAGCACUGGAAAACAUGCUGCCAUUUUACUCUCCAAAAUUUUCAGCAUCUUGUGAAGUUGAGCCCUCAAUGGAUGAUCAACAGCUAACGGUCCUAAUACCAGCUUCUGGCACAAAGCCACCAAUAGAGGCACUGGAUUUAAGAGGCAAAUGUUUUAAGGAAGCCAAAAAAGAAGAAACAUUUCACAGUGAAGACAAAAUGUCUUCUACUUCCAGCAAAAAUGAUAGUGAGGUCCCAAAUAUAGAGGAGGAGGAAAAUAAUUCACCCAACAGCCAAAUGCAAAAUGAAUUAAAAACCAUGCAGCCUCAGGCUCCUCAAAUGAAUUUUAGCUCACAAAAUAAUUUUAAUGUUUCCAGUGGGGACAUGCAAGUUCCAGACACAAAUCAGAACAAACCUACACUCUCCUCAAAUGAGAGCCUGGAGCCAAAGCCUGGUGCUGCAGCAGAAGAGGACACCUCUUCUCCUUUGGAAAAGACACAAAGCCCUUUGCCAGGUGAUCUUGUUAAGCACAGUUCCUUUAUUUCAGAAGAAGAUUUUGGGAAGGACAAAUUAUCUUCAUCAAAUGAAGGGAUGAAUUAUGCAAACAAUCAAGCCCUGCAAAGGAGUUCCUUAACUGACCUGGAGACCUGCCACAAGCCAUCUGAAUCCUUCAUUGAGCAUGAAGAGGACACUGCAGAUGAGAUGCCCUGGCCUGACUCUGAGGCAUGGCAGUCACCCUUGGCAACCCCUUCACCAAUAUCGAUGAGUGGGAUUGCAGGACAAAGUAUCCAUAGCACUCUUAGAAAUCCUCCUGCACUUCCACCUCUUGAUCUGGUGGGACAGGGAGCUGGUGCUGCGGAAAACGAGCAUGACAGCUAUGGCUGUGAGAAGCAUCCACACCCCCCUUCAGCUGAGUUGACAAAGGGUGGGGAUGACACAAUGCAGGAGAAGAAAAUUGGGUGGGAUUUUAGGAACCAAGCACUCUUCCCAGAUGAUGCAACAGAAAAUGAAAACUCUACAGACAAAGAGACAAAUACAUGUCAGAGACUUGAAAACUGUCUUUCACAUUCAACCACAAAGCCAGGAAAAAAUGAAAAUAAAACCACACUAGCAGGAAAUCCCCUAUUACCCUUAGGGAAGAGCCAAACACCAAUAUUAGAUGAUACUAAAAAGCAAGAAUGUGGCAUGCUAGAAGAGAACCUGAUUCCUUCAUCAACUGAAUUGGUCUCAGACCAAAAGAAGGAUGCAAAAAGUAGAAAUAAAAUAUCUGAAUGCACAAGGGAUAAGCUCUUCUCCUCAGAUGAUGACAUGAAGAAUGAAAUUGAUAGCGUGGAGACAGAGGAGAAAGAAGAGAGAAAUGUCUUGCAUAAAUGGGAGCAGGAACAAGUAUUCACACCAAGUGAUACUGUGGACCAUGAUAAUAACUCUUCAAAUGAGAAUGAUGCUCACAGUCUUCAAACAUCCCAGUUACCUUCAUCAGAGCAUGAUACCAACAUUCAAGGCAUGAAAAAUACUGGAGAGAGUUUGGAGAAUCUAGUAUCUCCAAAAGAUUUUAUGAAACAUAAAGAGGAUGUGACAGGAGAUGAAAACAUCUAUUACAAUAAUAGGAAAAAACAUCUGGACCCAUCAGAUGAGCCAAUGAAACUUACAAAUGACAGUGAAGGGCUACAAAAUGUCAAGUCAGACUUCAACAAUUAUUCAAGGCCACCAAGACAUACAAGUCAGGACAAUAAGAUGGCCGAUGAGGACAAUACCUCUCUAGAGACACAGAAACAGAUGCCACCAGGUGGUCUUGUAAAGCCUGAAACUAAGCCAGACAAAAAAGAGACUAAACAUAUCUCUGAGAUGUUCCAGUCACCUUCUUCAAACAAAGUGCCAGAUUCUCAAGACAGAAGCUCUUCAGGAGAGAGGAAGCAAGAGACACCAGUGGCAGAAGACAUUGGAUCACCUGAAACAGAGGUUGUAAAAGAGGAUAUUGAGCAGCAGUUUUCUGGGAAGCCCCAGUUUUCUGGGAAGCACCAGUUACCUCCGCCAAGAAAAUCAGAAAUGCAUGAGGAAAAUAAUCCAGGACUCAAACAGGAAAUGAGAUUUGAAGAUUUUCUGACACCUGAUACAAAUACUGCAAAAGAGAAAGAGGAACUUCCAGGUUCCAGGAAGUGUUCAUCAGUACCACCAGAAACAUUGGUUAAGCCUCAAGAAAAAAUUACUGCAGAACAAAAGCAAAAAACAUCAGAAUCUUCAGGUUUUAGGAAGCCUGGUACUAAUUCUGUAAAAGAAAAGGAUGAAGAUCCAAAUACUGAGAAGCUGUCUUCUUCAAAUGAAGUACUGAAGCCUCAAGAAAAAAGUGCUUCAGGAGAGAGGAAGCAGAAGACACCAGCAGGAGAGGACAGCAGGUCACCUGAAGAAAAGGAUGUAAAAGAGAAAGAGAAAGAUAAAUACCAAGCUUCUGGUGACCAUCCGUUACCUCCUUCAAGUAAAUUAUUGAAGCCUGAGAAAAAUAUUCCAGGAGGAGAAAAACCAGAAGCUGUACCUGAAAGUUUUACAAAGCCUGAUGCAAAUGCUGUGAAAGAUAAAAGCAAAGAUCCAGCUUCUGGGAUGUGCCAGUCCCCACACUCAGAUUUGCCCGUGAAGUCUGAAGAGAAUAAUGCCACAGUCAAAAAGAAGCAUUUGCCACCACCACAUGAUGAAAAACCAACGUAUAAAAGUGGUAGUCCGGAAAAGAAGAGUGAACCUGAGAGAAGAGAGAAAUACCAGCUAGGCUCUUCAGCUCAGUCAGAGAGGCACAGCAAUGAUGGCUCAGGAGAGGAGGGCCCUCUGGGUGAUUUCAGAAGCUAUCAAGCUCCAUCACCAAGCAAUGGCAUAAACUGUAAAAGCAGUGCUGUCCCAAAAGAGACCAGUUUGUCUAAUACAGAGAAAUCCCCCAAAACAUUCUCAUCAUCACAAGCUGCAUCAAAAGAUGAAAUAAAUCCUGCUGGAAAGAGAGAAAAGCAGCCUGGAUUUAAGAAGUACAAAGCGCUCUCGUCAAAGACUUUGGUGAGGCAUGAGAGAGGUGCUGCUGAAAGGGAGGGGAGUGGGCAGGCAGCUGGCAAAACCAGUGAGAAAAAGGCAGAGCUGGAGGACUGCUCUAAAGCAACGCCAUUCUCAAAAUACACAGUGGAGAGCUACAGUGAAGGAUCCUUAGAUUCAGCUUUCAAACCAUUGAUCAUUAGAGUAACUGACACAUUUAAACAUCACAGCUAAAAAUUACGGCUACAGCUUAGGCAAGAACUUACAACAGAUCAUGCUACCGAUUCACUUGAUCUUUCUUUUCUCCUUUUUUCUCCAGGGCAUUAUAUUAUAAUUUUUUAAUCACAAGGACAUUGAUGUGCAUCUAUCAGAGCUAGGAUUUUUUUCUUUCUUAAACAUUAGCCUGAAGACAUGAAUUAAAUUAAUCACUGCAAGUGAAUUAGCUAAUCACUGAAUUAAUCAUCAGUUUAUAAAUUAAAUAUGAGAAGGGCUUUGA